UAUUAUUUCGACUUGUAGUAAUAUUUACGAUUAACAAUGAGCGGCAGAGGAAAAACCGGAGGAAAAGCCCGAGCGAAGGCUAAGACUCGCUCGUCCAGGGCAGGCCUGCAGUUCCCCGUCGGUCGUGUCCACAGACUCCUCCGCAAAGGAAACUACGGAGAGCGCGUCGGUGCCGGUGCUCCCGUCUAUCUGGCGGCUGUGCUCGAGUACCUGACCGCUGAGAUCCUGGAGUUGGCCGGAAACGCCGCUCGGGACAACAAGAAGACCCGUAUCAUUCCCCGUCACCUGCAGCUGGCGGUGCGCAACGACGAGGAGCUGAACAAACUCCUGGGCGGAGUGACCAUCGCUCAGGGCGGCGUGCUGCCCAACAUCCAGGCCGUGCUGCUGCCCAAGAAGACCGAGAAACCCGCCAAGACCAAGUGAACCGGCUCCGGUCUGCUUCUCCGACACAAAGGCUCUUUUAAGAGCCACCCACUUCAUCUGAGAGAGAGCUGUUUCGAUGGUGUGAUGUGCGACGAAACCUAUCUUACAUCUUGCUUCAACUUAUGGCCGAAAAAAACCAAACCAGCCAAGUAUUACCUAAAGAAAAAAAAAUUAAGCUCUGUUAAGAGCUAGAGACGGUGUAGUUUUCAGAGUUCUUCUAACCAUAUAUAAAAUGUUUCAUAACCCAGAAAUAAAUUAGUGGGAAACGUG